GAGGAUCACAUCCCAGACCCAGUACACGAGAGUACAUAUAAACUUCUCUCUAGUCUGACAGCACUUGUGCUUAAUGUCUCUUCGCCUCUUGGGCACUAGCACUUUGGUGUUCUCAUCUUCCGUGCCAGCGCUAAGGAGGUUCCAUUUUAGUCUGCGCAUCUCAACAAUAGCCAUGUCUCAUCGCCCCAACUUCCAAGGUGGGCGGCGUGGCGGAGGACGAGGCGGCGGCGUAGGACGCGGCAGCGGGCGCCGUGGCGGUGGAGGAGGCGGCGGGCGCCGUGGCGGUGGAGGAGGCGGUGGACGCGGCGAGCAGCGGUGGUGGGAUCCCGUCUGGCGAGCCGAGCGUCUGAGACAAAACGCAGUCGAGAUGGAGGUUCUUGAUGAGAAUGAGUGGUGGGGUAAGAUGGAGCAAAUGAAGACAGGUGGAGAGGAGGAGAUGAUAAUUAAGCGUAAUUACAGCCGCGGAGAUCAGCAAACUUUGUCUGAUAUGGCUUUUGAGCUGGGGCUUUACUUCCAUGCGUACAACAAAGGGAACACACUUGUUGUGAGCAAAGUUCCAUUGCCAAAUUACCGGGCAGACCUUGAUGAACGUCAUGGAUCAACACAAAAAGAGAUACGAAUGUCUACAGAAACUGAAAGAAGAGUUGGGAAUCUAUUGGAUAGUUCACAAGGGACAGUAUCUGAUGAUAAUUUGCCAAGUGCAUCCUCUCAGGGUCCAAAACAAUCUUCUCGUGAUGUCAAUAUAACAAAACCUAUCCCAAUGUUGGAGAAUUGUAAGGAGAGACUUAACACCGAACUGAAACAAAGACAGGAAAGAAUGAAGGCAAGUGAGAGUGUGAAGGCAAUGCAGUCAUUCAGAGAAAAGCUUCCUGCAUUUAAGGUGAAAUUUGAGUUUCUGGAAGCUGUUGCAGCAAAUCAGGUAUUGGUGGUUUCAGGGGAGACAGGUUGUGGCAAAACUACACAGCUCCCUCAGUUCAUUCUAGAGGAGGAGAUAUCAUCUCUACGUGGUUCCAAUUGCAGCAUAAUAUGCACUCAACCCCGUCGUAUAUCUGCCAUCUCUGUUGCAGCUUGGAUAUCCUCAGAAAGGGGAGAGAGUCUUGGUGAAACUGUUGGUUACCAGAUCCGCUUGGAGGCAAAGCGCUCUGCUCAAACACGGCUGUUAUUCUGCACCACAGGAGUAUUACUUCGACAGCUGGUUCAAGAUCCCAAUUUAACUGGAGUUAGCCAUCUGCUAGUCGAUGAAAUCCAUGAAAGAGGCAUGAAUGAGGACUUCCUCUUAAUAAUUUUGCGUGACCUUCUUCCUCGACGUCCAGAUCUCCGUCUUAUUCUAAUGAGUGCUACCAUUAAUGCGGAAUUGUUCUCCAAAUACUUUGGAAAUGCUCCGACCAUUCAUAUCCCGGGACUGCCUUUCCCAGUGGCAGAGUUGUUUCUAGAAGAUGUAUUGGAGAAAACUCGGUACAGUUUAAAAGGAGAGUUUGACAACUUUCAGGGGAAUUCAAGGAGAAGAAGGAGACAACAAGAGUCUAAGAAAGAUCCUUUAACUGAAUUAUUUGAGGACACCGACGUCGAUUCUCACUACAAAAGCUACAGCACAAGUACAAGACAAUCUCUUGAAGCAUGGUCUGGUGCACAGCUUGAUUUGGGUCUGGUUGAAACAACAAUUGAGUACAUUUGUCGCCAUGAAAGUGAUGGAGCUAUUCUUGUAUUCCUCACUGGUUGGGAUGACAUUUCUAAGCUGCUUGACAGAAUUAAAGCAAACAACUUUUUAAGAGAUCCCAGCAAGUUCCUUAUCCUUCCACUUCAUGGCUCAAUGCCUACCAUUAAUCAACGUGAAAUAUUUGAUCGCCCACCAUUGAACGUGAGGAAAAUUGUGCUAGCAACGAACAUUGCAGAGAGUAGUAUAACUAUAGAUGAUGUUGUUUAUGUUAUUGAUUGUGGAAAGGCUAAAGAGACUAGCUAUGAUGCUCUAAAUAAGCUUGCCUGUCUAUUGCCAUCAUGGAUUUCAAGGGCUUCAGCACAUCAGAGACGUGGUCGUGCGGGCCGUGUCCAGCCUGGAGUUUGUUAUAAAUUGUAUCCAAAAUUGAUCCAUGAUGCUAUGCUUCAGUAUCAAUUACCAGAGAUUCUCCGAACACCUUUGCAAGAGUUGUGCCUACAUAUCAAAAGCUUGCAGCUUGGGGCCAUUGGAUUGUUUUUGUCCAAGGCACUUCAGCCUCCAGAUCCUCUUUCUGUUCAAAAUGCCAUUGAGCUUCUCAAGACAAUUGGAUCUCUAGAUGAUUCAGAAGAGCUUACUCCACUUGGUCGCCAUCUAUGCAUGAUCCCUUUGGAUCCAAAUAUUGGAAAGAUGCUUCUCAUGGGUUCCAUCUUUCAAUGUCUUAAUCCAGCCUUAACAAUUGCUUCUGCUCUUGCACAUCGGGACCCAUUUGUCCUUCCAAUAAACAGGAAAGAGGAAGCUGAUGAUGCGAAAAGAUCAUUUGCUGGCGAUUCUUGCAGUGACCACAUAGCGCUUCUGCAAGCAUUUGAAGGUUGGAAGGAUGCAAAACGUAAUGGGAAGGAAAGAGCAUUUUGUUGGGAGAAUUUCUUAUCACCGAUAACCUUGCAGAUGAUGGAGGAUAUGAGAAACCAGUUUUUAGAUCUACUAUCGGACAUUGGCUUUGUAGAUAAAUCGAGGGGUGCCAAUGCUUAUAACCAAUAUAGUAGCGAUUUGGAGAUGGUAUCUGCAAUUCUUUGUGCUGGGCUCUACCCAAACGUUGUGCAAUGCAAAAGAAGAGGAAAGCGAACUGCAUUCUACACUAAAGAAGUUGGGAAAGUUGACAUCCAUCCAGCUUCUGUCAAUGCUGGCAUUCAUCUUUUCCCUCUUCCUUACAUGGUUUAUAGUGAAAAGGUGAAAACUACCAGCAUUUAUGUACGAGAUUCAACAAACAUAUCAGAUUAUGCUCUACUUAUGUUUGGCGGUAAUCUUAUUCCGAGCAAAACUGGAGAGGGUAUUGAAAUGCUUGGAGGAUACCUUCACUUCUCCGCGUCGAACAGUGUUUUGGACUUGAUACGGAAAUUGCGAGGGGAACUUGACAAGCUUCUUAAAAGGAAGAUUGAGGAUCCAGGCCUGGACAUAUCUGUCGAAGGAAAGGGAGUUGUUGCUGCCGUAGUUGAGUUACUACACAGUUAAAACGUACGAUACUAAAUCUAUGUAUUUCUUCUCCGUGAUCUAACACCCGUAGUAUGAGUCCUAACAUUUUUGACUUAUACGUGCGCCUAUAUACUCCUGAGAUAUUGGAUACUUUUCUGUAUUUUGUGUAUGCUGAAUGUCAAAACUUCAAAAUUUUGAGUUCUUUCAA